GAUAAUUAGUGGUUGUCAGCACACUAUAAAAAGGCAACUCUACAACCCCAUAAGCACACUAAGUAAUCUGACUUUGAAGACGCCAUAACUACAGCAACAGAAGUAUCUUUUCAAAAUCUUCAAUAUUUUCUACAAUCAUGAGAUUCUACGUUGUGUUCGGUGUCUUGGCAGUUUUGGCUUUACACGCCCUCGCUGAUGAGUCCAAAGAAAACGCUCCUGCAACAGCCGUCGCAGCAAACGACCGAUCGUCGAUUGUUUCGAAAUUGAGUGCUGCACAUGAGAAUAAUGAUCAAUGGUCCUUGAUUCCAAACAGUUACGGUACAGCUUUAGCUGCUGGCGGAGUGGUUAUAGUCGGAGCCGUGGCCCUCUUAGCAAUUGCAGCCGUCAUCAGCCCAUGGUUCGGCUACAGACUCUGUCACAUAUUCAGUACCUGCGAAGUGCCUCCCAGUACCCCGGGAGACAAUUUCUCGGGUUUUUCUUCGAACAUGUAUCCGCAAUAUAGAAAGAGAUCCAUUGAGUACGUUGGACCCAUCUUGCAAGCUUUGAAUUCGGCCUACGAAAAGUACGGGCAAGGAGCAAGUCCAAUGCAUUCGAACACGAAGAAAAUCAACACUCAAUAACCGGCUGGACUGAAAUGAAAAUUAAUUUAAUAAAUAUCAUCUUUCUCCGAUCAUC